AUGCGUUGUCUUCUCAUACCACCUCUCUCCUCGAGAGGUCUGCAUCACACAAUGCGGCACCGCUGGUGCUGCUGCCCUUCCCUUUCCUCCUGCAGGCGCUCUCUCAGCACGUGCACACCUGCCGCCCUGCAGCGCUUCGCUUCCUCUGCCGGACGUGGCUCGUGGUCGUCCUCUUCUCUUGCGCGCCCAUCGUCGUCCCCUACCUUUCGCCCACCCACGCAGAAUCUUCUCUCGCCGUUUGGCUCCGUCCUCCAUGGCCCCACGCGUGCGCCACAGGCCACAUUUGCGGAGCCGCUCGACACCUGGCUUGCGGUGCUUGCCGACACCGUUCCGUUUAAUGCAGACUGCCUCCUCGUCUGCCCCUCCACGUCGACGCGGGCGCAGGUGAAGCACGUUUGGGAUCGCUGUCGAGCGCACAUGCCCACCGCCCACGUGGGGACUCUGCAUGUACGCAACGAGUUCCAUGGCCAGUGCGCCACGUCUUCGCCACGGAAGCGAAGUGGGCCAGCAGAAGAGGUGCUUCCUUCUGCUCCUCCUCCUCAUUCCACUGCUGGCACUCCUCCGGAGGUAGGCAGUUCGGUCACUUCAUCAUCGCUCGCCCCUUCAUCGGUCGUCCAUGUCAACGCAUCCUCGUCCGCCCUCUCUCGGCGCACAGCACGGCACGCUGUCCCGACGAGGCCACUUCCAGCUCUGCGCUCCCCUCUGGAGGGCGUCGCACCGAGCUCGCUGGACGUCGUUGUCUUUGCCAGCAACGUCUUCGCGCACGAGAUGCUGCUAGACGCACCGUGGCACCUCUCGAUGGCGCACCGCGCGCUGCGUCCGCACGGGGUGGUGGCCAUCGUGGGCCACGUCGCGGAUGCCGAAGUUGUCGCGCCCGACUGGGCCAUGGCGAGUUGCGCAGACUGUGUUGCGAGUGUGCAUGGAGAAGCGAUGCAAGACUUAGAACUUGCGGCGUUAGAGGCGGUGCGGGCCGUGCCGUCGUGCGAGGCGCACGUGCAUCGCCUGCGCCGUGCGCUGGAAAUUCAAGAGACGCUGCGCACGGCCCACGGCGACGUCUUCUUUCCCUUCCCGAGUGUGAAGUGUCGUUGGUUUACUUCCGAGUACGCGAUGACGCCUGCGCAGGUGACGGCGAGCUACCGGGCUGCGCCGCUGUAUCAGGCGCUCUACGGACUUGCGGGGGCCACAUGGCGGAGGACGGCGCAGUAUGCGCUGCACCACAGCCGUCAUCACCGAGGAGAGGGCAACGACGAUGCCCAUGGAAGCAACGGAGCCGACGAUGACUUCUUUGUGGACCUCACAGGGACUCUCACGAACGACGUUCCAGGCGGGAUGGAGCACGGAAGGGUUGAAUCGGGCGCUUCGCUGUCGCAUUCUUCUCUGCACUCCACGGAGGAUCUUGCCAGCUCGUGGUCUCCGCUGGGGGUGCAGCGUCGCCGCGGUAUCGUGGACCCGCUGGACGCGCUGCAGGCCAUCCUUGAAGCGCACGCCGGGGGCGUUCGCGCAGACGCGGAUCCGCGCUCUCCCUUAACGAGGCGUCCACCGCGAUCGAUGGAGCCGCCGCUGCGGGUGCAGAUGCGACAUUUCGUCGUCACGUGCAGCUCGCGCAGCAUCAACGCCCCACUUGAUGCGCCGCAACCGCCUCGUCUGCCAGGCACCGUGGGCCAUCGCGGUGGUGGGUCGCUCCUCUCCUCGGCAUGUUGUAGUAAGAGGCAAACAUCUCUCCCUUCGUCUUGA